CACCAGAUUGCGUUCGAAAGGGCCUGUAUUCUGCACCGCGAUAUAAGUGUCGGAAACAUCAUGAUCACCGCAAAUCACAGAGGCUUUCUUAUCGACUGGGAUCACUGCGUCAUUCUUAGCCACAAAAGCGGCGAGAAGCGCGUUGGAAGAGGUGGAAAAUGGCAGUUUGUGUCUGCAAAGCUCUUGACUUCCUUCUGCAAUGUACAUACAAUUGUAGACAAUAGAGAUUCCUCCCUAUGGAUUCUUCCCUAUGUGGUUCUCCGAAAUGUCCGGAAUGAACUUUCACCGGUUGAACUGUACGAGACCAUGAAGAUGUUGUUCGAA